GCUUCUUUUCACAGCAGCAACAGUUCGUCAGCCACAUCGGUAGCUUGCUAGACAUAAUAGACGAACCAAUAAAGCUCUUUAGACGCUUUAGUGUAUAUUAACCACCGCAUUUUAAACCCACUUCUGUCGUCUAGUUAGUUAUCCGUUUUAAUUUCAUAUUUACGGUAUUGUUUUUAUUCAUCUAUCGGGCUGGUUAAGUUAGCAUUAGCCUAGCUAGCUAACAUCUCCAACCAUGAGGUCACUAAACUACUCUCUUGUUAAUGAAGAGGAGGGCUGCUGGACGGAGAAAGAAGCUCUGGUGAAAGAGGAGGAGGGUAUCACAGUAAAACAAGAAUUGGAGGGUGAGGCCGUUACUGUAAAACAAGAAGUAGAGGGUGAGGCUGUUACAGUGAAAAAAGAAGAGAAAGACGUUUCAGUGAAAGAAGAGGAAGACGCGUUCAGAGUUAAAGAGGAAGGGGAUUUUACAGUAAAAGAAGAGGAGGAGGAUGCAGCUUUUGGGGUGAAAGAGGAGGAGGGGGAGAUGACUGUCACAUCGAAAAAGGAGGAGGGGGAAACUGGAUAUCUGGGCCCGGUUUCCCAAACGCAUCUUAAGGCAUCCAAUGGUUCUACGGAUGAAUUUAGCCAUAAGAUGGUUUUGAGAGACCGUUCCCUGAUUAACACUAGAGAGAUACAGGACUAUCGUGGAUCCUCUGGGGAGCCUCAACAACCUCAUGAUGCUGAAGAGGCAGAGAAGAGUCCCUCCAGAUCAGAACACCUCAAGAAACGCCUGCAGAGACCCACAGAGAAGAGAACUCACCGCUGCUCUGACUGUGGGAAGAGAUUCACCUCCUCAGCAGGCAUUAAAAUUCAUCAGAGAACACACACAGGAGAGAAACCUUACAGCUGUGUUCAAUGUGGGAAGAGUUUUGCUGCAUCUAGCACUCUGACUCUACACCAGAGAACACACACAGGAGAGAAACCUUACAGCUGUGUUCAAUGUGGGAAGAGUUUUGGUCAAUCUGGCCAUCUGACUCAACACAGGAGAAUACACACAGGAGAGAAAUAUUAUAGCUGUGAUCAAUGUGGGAAGAGUUUUGGUCAAUUUGCAGAGCUGACAGUGCACCAGAGAACACACACAGGAGAGAAACCUUACAGCUGUGUUUUAUGUGGGAAGAGUUUUGGUCGAUCUUGCCAUCUGACUCAACACAAGAGAAUACACACAGGAGAGAAACCUUUUAGCUGUGAUCAAUGUGGGAAGCGUUUUGGUCACGCUGGAGAGCUGACAGUGCACCAGAGAACACACACAGGAGAGAAACCUUACAGCUGUGUUCAAUGUGGGAAGAGUUUUGGUCGAUCUUACCAUCUGACUCAACACCAGAGAACACACACAGGAGAGAAAUCUUAUAGCUGUGAUCAGUGUGACAAGAGAUACUCUGAUAAAAGAUAUCUGAUCAAACAUCAGAAAAUACAUACAUGAAGGAGUUGAAAUAAUGUCACAAUGUAGAAUGUUUUAACAAUGUAGAAGGAGUAUUUUAAUGAUGUCACAAUGUCGAAUGUUGUGUGUGGUUUUUGAGUUGUUAAUUUUAACAGGACAUGCAACCUCAUCUUCCUCCUCUCGCACAAUUGAUUUUAGCAUGAUAUCGAUGAGUUAUGACAUAAGUGUUGCGUUCCUUUGUUUAGCGACCCCUACAUUUUAAAUGCAUCACUCCAAAAUGUAGCUGACUGUCUUCUGCAGGUUGUCCUCUAACCAGUGAGCUUAAAGAUAUCUCCCAUUUCCAUGUGUUUUUUUAGUUGUUAGUUUCAACAGAAAGUACAACCUGAUUUCCCCCCUAAUCGAUAUCAGUGAUUUAUUGCUACUUGUCAAAACAACAGCGUUUUUGGUGCUUUUGUCCAUGGUGAGGACAACUUGGUUUCUGAUUGUCUCAAGGUUGGGCAGUCAAAAAGAUUUGUGUUUUGUGUUAAGCCAGUGCAUUCCAUGGAUCACAAAUAAUGUUGACUUUCCGUAUUAGAGAUGAGUUUUGUUUGGGCUCUUGAGUUUUAGGUAGGGAAAAAAUACACUUUUUUUUUCUUGUUUUUAAUUGUUGACAUCCAGUAGACACCAUGUUUAUAUUGUAGUUGAUUAUAAUGUGAAAUGGAAGUUGUUUUCUGUUGGUGGUGCGCAUUCUCUUAAGGUGUUACAGUCUUUGGUUUUUCCAUUUAUGUUUUGAGGUUGGACUUUAGCACGUCUAGCUCGUUAGCACGUAGGGAGAACUGAUUGGUGUCACCUCGUUAGUCAGUAUGUGUUACACCUGUGCUGGCUUGUCCAUGUCGUUAUGGUUGAAUAUUGCAUCCAAAUACCACAUGUUAGGUUUUCAAUUGAUCCCAAACUGUUUCUGCAUAUUGGUUAUUGAUUUGGACACGUUAAACUGUGUUUUGACAUUGGGCUAUCCCACCUAGCAAAAUGUCAUUGAAAAGACAUUGAAAAUAUGACUAUGCAACCAAAUAUUUCAUAUUUACAUUUCAUGUAACAUUUAGUAGUGAUAAUUAUUUAUGCAACCAACUGACAGUUUUUUGGUACAAUUAUAUUGACAUUGUUGCCCUGCUUUUAGAAUAUCAGGGUUAAUUCUCACAUGUGCCAAACCAAAUGUACUAGAGCAUGACAUUGGGGACUGGGCCCCAAUCCAGCAACAUGCCUAUCUAGUGAACCCUGAAAAGAGAGAGAAGCUCCACAGUGAGGUGGAAAGUUACUAUGAAUAUUGCAGGAGUUUCCUCUUGAAAUCAGACACGUCCGUGGUAAGGACAACUUGGUGGUUGAUUGUCUCAAGGGUGGGCAGUCAAAAUGUUUUGCGUUUAGCCAGUGCGUUGCCAUGGAUCACAGUUUAUUUUUACUGCACGUUUUUCCGUUUUGGAGAUGAGUUUUGUUUGGGCUCGUUCCAAGGGGACGAGAGUUCUAGAAGCUAGUGAGUUUUAGGAUUCUUUGUGGGAAUCUUACAAAUUAAUCUUGUUUUUAAUUGUUGUUAGACAGACACCAUGUUUAUAUUGGUGAAGGUGAAGCAUUGUAGUUGAUUAUAAUGUGAAAUGGAAGUUGUUUUCUGUUGGUGGUAAGCAUUCUCUUAAGGUGUUAGUCUUUGAUUUUUCCAUUUAUGUUUUGAGGUUGGACUUUAGCACGUAUAGCUCGUUAGCACGUAUAGCUCGUUAGCACGUAUAGCUCGUUAGCACGUAUAGCUCGUUAGCACGUAUAGCUCGUUAGCACGUAUAGCUCGUUAGCACGUAUAGCUCGUUAGCACUUAGGAGCACUGAUUGGUGUCACCUCGUUAGUCAGUAUGUGUUACACCUGUGCUGUCUUGUCCAUCUCGUUAGUGGGAAGGUGUUUCACCUGAGCUGGUCCAGGUUCUAUUUCAGAGUGUCUGGCCCAGUGCUCCAGUUAUCUUGAUAGAUGUGGAGAGUGAACACCUUUAGUUGAUCCACCUUUUUGGUUUGUUUCCUGUCUUUAAAUUUGGUGUGGGUUUUUCUUUUGUUUGCCUCUUCUUGGGCAGAUUUAGUGGGUCUCAUGGUUGGUGUCUUUUAGGUCCCAGUUGUUGUUACUAGUCACCUUUCAGUCGACACCCCCAUAGUGUCUUUGAGAACCCCUCCUAAAAAAUAAGCUUAUAUUUUGGGUUGGAUAUUGCAUCCAAUUAGUGUUUUAAUCAAUGGCAUUUCCUUAGAAUGCUCAUUGGUCUUUCAGUUAAUCUUCUGUUUUUUUUAUCCUGAUAUUUUUGUGCACUAAAUAUUUCUGUUUAUUUAAAUAGUUUUCUCCUGUGAAGUUCUUUUGUUUCCCUCCUGGGCAGAUUUAGUGGGUCUCAUGGUGGGUGUCUUUUAGGUCCUAGUUGUUGUUACUAGUCAAUUUUCAGUGGACACUCCCAUAGUGUCUUUCAGAGCCCCUCCUAAAACACCCCCAUAAUGUCUAUCAGAACCACUCCUAAAAAACAGCUUAUAUUUUGGGUUGGAUGUUGCAUCCUAUUAAUAUUUUAAUCAAUGGCAUUUCCUUUCAAUGCUCAUUACUCUUUCAGUUGUUCUUCUUCAGUUUUUUAUCCACUAAUGUUGUGUACUAAAUAUUUAUCUUAGUUUUUUCCUGUGAUGAUGUCAUUGUUUUGCAUCAUGUCUGAAAUGUGCUGUAUAAAUAAAGCUUGAUUUGAUUUGAA